AGUCUUUGUAGCUGUUAUGAAAAAAAAUUUCCUCGAGAAGUAGACCGGAAAUCGAAAGGACCUAUUUAUUGCACAUACAAGAUUGUUGAAAAGACGUAUAAGACGAGUAAGAAGCUGCACAAGGAAUCCCGAACUGUAUGAUUACUUUUGAGUUUUUUUUUUCUUUUGGAGUUGUUUAGAAGCAAAAGCAUUUGUACUUAUUGAGUUGAAAUCUAUAAGAAUCUUCAAAAGCGAAGUUGAAAGUCGCCGGAAAUACUCAUUACGACGGCAACAAUCUACUUCACAACCAUGAAGGUGCUGACGCAGCACCGCUACUCUCUGCGCAAAUUGUUCGCAAGUGGCGUUAUUUCCCUGCAGCUUCUGGCGGCGUCAAAAAUUGGCGUUUUUGGUCUUGUGCAGCACGAUCGCGAGGAGCCCACCAGUACCGCUCCCGUUUCUGCUACUCAGGUGAGCAGUGGAAGUUCUUGUCGGGGUCUGCAAUGCUUGGAGAGGUUUCGUCCUCGUCGCAACGUGCCACACUUUGAAGCCCCUCAGGACGAGAACAAUCAGCUUGCGCCGCAACACGAGGGAGAAGCACCCUCUGCUAGAAGUGGGCGCUCUGCUGCUUUGGCAGUACCUCCGACUUUGGACCACGAGAUCAUUUCCUCAAGGUUUUUCCGCACCGCAGCACAAUCCAGCACACUUCACCUUGUCGCGCUCAGAAGGCUUGCCGGGAAAUACCUUUAUGCCGUCGGGUCCAAUCCAAUUUUGCAACAGCUUGUGGCCCAAGGAGACAGGGAAGUCCUGGAGAAGUUGCGAGACGCGCUUUCCGGGUCCGAGAUACCCCUGGAACUGAUUUUCCCCCAAUCACGUCGCAGGUCCGCGCCUGCAAGUAUCUCCUACAAAACCGCCUUUCGCAAACUCACCAGGGACGACCAAGAGAACGCGAAGUAUCAAAUGCAAAUAUGUCUGGGUCUGGAAGAAUGCAACUUGUGAUGCUGCAUUUCGAUAAUUCCAAAAAAAUCUACUUUAUUGUAUGAGCAGCAAAGGGAAUGCACUAUAGUUUUUGCUACGCGGAGAGGGCAUUUGCGAUGCGGAAUAGGCAUCAAGAAGCUCGCAAAAAAUCUGAGAUGCUACUAGGGUAUGCAUCACAGACAUUAUCAUGGGUCAUGCAAAACGUGCGUGACAAGUCUCAGAAUCUGCUAGAUCCAGACAUUUUUGCAAUGGAUACGAAGGCGGACGCAGCAACAUUGUCCAGAAUCGUCAGGGAGCAGAUGUUAUCGAAUGUAAAAAUGUCUGGGUCUGGAAGAGUGGAACUUGUAAUGCUGUCUACGGAUUCUAAAAAUUAUUCGGUGGGCUCAGCGGCCAUAGUAGGUACCUACUCGCCGAGCUGCACGACCAGGCACAAGAACUGUUCUUGCGAGAAGAUCUUGCUUGAGUUCAACAGAAAUAAUAAAUUAGACGGACAAAAAAAGAUCACUGUAUAA